AUGCUCGACGCAUUCGAGAUCCUCACAACCUCCGGGAUUGUGCUUUGGCGGAAACACUCGACCGCCGACCCACUAUCACCAAACAUCAUCAACAGCUUGAUCAACGAUGUUUUCAUCGAGGAACGUCGCAGUCCUGGUACCUCGGCGAAUGGAGAAAAUCCACCUUAUCGCAAGGAGAAAUACACCUUGAAAUGGACGGCCGCCAAGGAAAUUGGAUUAGUAUUCGUGGCUGUAUACCAAUCGCUCAUCCAUCUCUCUUGGGUCGAUGACUUGUUGAGAGCUGUCAAAGAAUUGUUCAUCAAAAGAUAUGGCACGGAGCUCAAGAAGCAGAACGUCACGCACAUAGACUGCAGUCAUUUUGAUCCCACUUACGAGACCUUACUGAGGCGGCUCGACACCGGAAGUGCCGGACAAUCGCAGAGUCCGUAUGAUUCCGAGAGUCAAGUAGAAUUGACACCGCCGUCGAGCUCGGCUUCUGUAACCGACGAACCUGCCGAUCAUGAUGCUCCACCACCACCGAUGCCCGGUGUAAGAAUGUCCGCUGCGAUUCAACGCCGAGACAUUGAUGUUUCUGAGAACACAAGCACCGAUGCCACGCCAGUAGCAACACCAGAUACUUCCAGGCCAUCGACGCCUCUUCAUGCGCCAGCUCGUGCUCACUUAUUGACAGCCAAAGCGGGACCGGGCAAGACAUCUCGACGCGCACGCAAGGCGGGCAACAGUGCGCAGAGUACUUCUGCGCCGUUUUCCUCUGGCGAUGAGGCUUCCGUUCGUGCCGGGAAGGGCAGUAAGAAUGUUUCAAAACAAAAGAGGCGAUGGGACGAGCACGGCAUGAUGGUGGACGGCGAUGAUGGCGAAGUAUUGGAUUACAGCGCACCUUCGACCGGCGCAGACGACCGAGUGGAUCAAGAAUUGGACAUCGAAGAGGUCAAGGCGGAAGACAUGGGUAAGCGCACAGGGAAGGGUCAAUUCGUGCUCAAGGAUCUUGAGGAUGAGGUCGACGCAAUAUUGGCUUCGUCGAAAUCGCGGACUCAAGACGAAGUGGUAGGGGACGACUCAGGUUUGUUAGUAACGGCGACAUCGAAAUUGAGCGGCCUCUUCCGCAAUGUCGUUGGCGGCAAGAAACUGUCAAAGCAAGAGCUUCAGCAACCGUUGCAGCAGAUGCAGAAUCAUCUGCUGCAGAAGAACGUCGCACGCGAGGCUGCAGAGAGGCUAUGUCAGAGCGUGGAGGCGGAUCUUUUAGAUCAGAAGACAGCUUCAUUCACCUCGAUUGAUCGCACGAUCCGCGAAAGCAUGGCAAAGGCGCUGACACGAAUGCUCACACCUACCAGCAGUCUGGACCUUUUGCGGAACGUCACAAGUACCAUAGAAGGCCCAAAUGCACGACCAUACGUCAUCAGCAUCGUCGGUGUCAACGGAGUGGGGAAAAGCACCAAUCUUAGCAAGAUUGCAUAUUUCCUGCUGCAAAACAAGUUUCGCGUGUUGGUCGUUGCGGGAGACACUUUCCGUAGUGGUGCUGUUGAGCAGCUCCGAGUGCAUGUCCGCAACCUAAGCGAGCUGUCGCGGAGAGACGAUGUUGGCUAUGUUGAGCUAUUUGAAAAGGGUUACGGCAAGGAUGCGGCCACGGUCGCGCGCGAUGCUGUGCAGUUCGCGUCCAACCGCGGCAAAGGAGAGAUGCUUUACGAUGUGGUUCUCAUCGAUACAGCCGGACGUCGCCACAAUGAUUCGCGAUUGAUGAGCUCAUUGACAAAGUUCGGCCAACUCGCCAACCCAGACAAAAUCUUCAUGGUUGGCGAAGCUCUUGUCGGUACGGACUCGGUGGCACAGGCACGGAACUUCGCCAAGGAGUUCGUGGACACCAAGGGCGUGAUGCGAAACGGAGGUGUUGGUAUGGACGGAUUCAUCAUCUCAAAAUGUGAUACUGUCGGCGAUAUGGUCGGCACUUUGGUCAGCAUGGUUCAUGCCACAGGCAUUCCUGUUGUGUUCCUCGGCGUCGGUCAACACUAUGGUGACCUACGUGGUCUCAACGUCGGAUGGGCUGUAGAUAAGCUGAUGAAAUAGUAUGCCGAAUUGUGGAAUCACAUAUUGCAAUUUAUCUCGGUG